AUGACUGGACUUCGUGCACUAUCUAUGUCAACACGAUGGCAUGCAGAUGGAACUUUUAAAACAACACCACUUAUUUUCAAGCAAUUGUACAGCUUACAUGCAGAAAUAGGAAACAAUUCUCUAGUGGCGGGUGCGUUUAUAUUAUUGACACGUAUGACCGAAGAAGCAUAUACUAAAUGUAUUUCCUGUUUAAAUACAUUGUUAACACGCAAUUCGACAAAUUUAAAUAUAGUGGUAGAUUUGGAAUUAGCAGCUAUUAAUGCAUUCACAUCUGUAUAUCCUUCAUGUCAAAUAACUGCCUGUUUUUUCCACGUCUUCCAAUGUCUGUGGCGUAAAAUUCAACAAGAAGGCUUACAGACAAUAUAUUCAACAGAUGUUGACUUUGCAGUUAAUGCGAAAAUGUUGGCAGCGUUGACUUUUUUACCAUUACAGGAUGUAGUCCAAGCAUUUGAAGAACUUGUAGACUAUUUAUCUGAAUGUAUUUUACCAGUAGUAGACUAUUUUGAAGACAAUUUUAUUGUUAGGUCGAUGAGACAGAUAAGACGAACAAAAUUUCAAUCAAAAUUGUGGAAUCUCUACGAGACUGCCAUGCAGGGACUAGCUUGUAUCAAUAAUGGUUUGGAAGGAUGGUAUAAUGGCUUUCAAAAGCAAGUUGGUGUUCAUCAUGUGUCAAUUUGGAAGAUGUUUGAAGGUCUACAAAGGGAGGUUGGACUAGCUAAAUUAAAAGUGGCACACGUCGAGGCAGGCAAAGAAGAAAAUCAAAAAUUAAAACGGAAUAACCACAGAAAAAAUUAA